CCCGCCGCCGUCGCCGCCGCCGCCUUUCCCUACGGAGCCUCCUCUUCCUCGCCGCCCAAAGAGGCUGAAGGGCGCCAGGACCAGAAGUACGACCCCUUCGAUCCCACCGGCUCCAACCCCAGCUCCUCCCGCAGCAGCCCCAGCCCGGAGGAGGAGGAGGAGGAGGAGGAAGACGAGGAGGAGGAAGAGGACGAGGAGGAGGAAGAGGAAGAGGAGGAGGAGGAAGAGGAAGAAGAAGAGGAAGAGGAGGACGAGGAAGAGCGACCCCGGCCCGAUGUAUCCCACAGCAUCAGCCGCAUCUCCGAGACCUUGGCCGGCAUCUACGAUGACAACAGCUUGAGCCAGGACUUUGAGAAGGAACCGGAGGCCGAUCCGGAGCCUCCCCCAUCCCAAAUCCCUCCCGGCGCCGAUUCCACCCUUCCGGAAGAGGAAGAAGAAGAAGAGGAAGAAGAAGAAGAAGAAGAAGAGGAAGAAGAAGAAGAAGAAGACGAGGAAACGGCGGCGCUGGUAUCCGGCACCGUGCCGGAACCGCGGCGCCGCGUCUUCGUGGUGGAUUUAGCCGGGAAGAAGCACCCGGAAUGCGACGGGAAGCUGGAAGGGAAGUUAUCCCUGGAAGUGGUGGCCGCCGGGAACACCAAAGCCCCGGUACCGGGCACCGCAUCCCGAGGGGCCAAACGGCACCGGGCCCGGCGCGACUGGGCUCCGAGCGCCGGCGAUUCCGAGAUUGAGGAAGGCGAGAUCGUCCCGCACGAGGACGAGCGUUACAACAGCCCGCUGCGGUUAUUCCGGAGCUCGGGAAUCACCGGUGGCGGCGCCGGCGGCACCGGCACCGCCUCUUCCAUCCGCGGCCGGGCGCCGCCGGAGCCGCGGGCGCCGCGGGGGCCCGAAGGCGACGAUUUCCUCUCGCUGCACGCCGAUUCCGAUGAGGAAGGCGACUUCGGCGCCGAGAACCAACCGGAUCCGCGCUGGAAAAGCCCCGGCUCCGAUUUACGCCGCAAGAUCCUGAGCCAGCGCCGCCUCCGCGGGCCCCCUUCGCCCCGAUCGCCGUCGGCGGCGUCCCGGAAGAAGCCAAAACGCUCUCGGGAACGCGGUUCUUCUUCCAUAGGCUGGGCCGGGAAGAAAGGCCCGGAGCCGGCGGGUAAAAGCAAGGAUCGGCACCGGCACCGCGGCUCCCGCUCGCGCUCGCGGCGCCGCUCGUGGUCCCGAGGGCGGCGUUCGCGCUCACGGGACAAACGCCGGCGCCGGCGCUCGGGCAGCGCCCAACGCCACGGCCGCCACAAGGACAAGCACCGCGGCGACGGCGGCAAGAAGAAGAAGAAGCAACAACAGCAACCGCAGCAAGAACCCCGUGCCCGCUCCCGGGAACGCCGCUCGUCCCGGCGGGAAGCGCCGGAUGCCAAGGGGGAGAAGAGCGGCGGGCGCCGGGAAGCGCGCCCGGUGGUGCCGCCUUCCAUCCAGGAGCUCAACGACUCCGACCUCUUCGCCAUCAAACGCACCAUCACGGUGAGCCGGAGGCCCGGCACGCCGCCGGAGCCCGCCAAGAGGGAAGUGCUCUACGAUUCCGAAGGGUUGAGCUUCGAGGGGGCUUCUUCCGACCGGGAGCCGCCGCCACCGCCGCGGCUCGGCAAAGGCGACGGCGCCGGUAAGAAGGACAAGGAGCGGAAGCGGAGCCGGUCCCAAGAGCCGGCGAGCCGGGAGAAGCACAAGAAGAAGCUCAAGGAGCAUCCGAGUGCCGACGCCGGCAAGGGCGAGAAGGAGAAGGCGCCGCGCGGCGAGCGCGACAAGAGCCGCAAGAGCAAACGGGACGGGCACCACCGGGACGGCGGCGGCGGCAGCGCCGCCCGCAAGGUGAAGCUCCAGUCCAAGGUGUCGGUGCUCAUCCGCGACGGCGUCACCUCCACCACGGUGCCCAAGGAGAGCGGCGCCGGCUCCAUCGGCGUCAAGUUCAGCCGCGACGCCGAGAGCCGGGCGCCUUUCCUGAAGGGAGGCGGCGAGCGCCCGGCGCCCGAUGGCAAAGUCGGCGUGGCCAAAAGCAACCUGCCUAAAGAGCCCGGCGCCAAAGGCAAGAAACCCAAAGGCGCCAAGGCCAAAAGCGGCCUCAAGAAGCCCAAAGGCGCCGGCGGCAAAGCCAAAACCAGCGUUGGGUCCGGCACGGGCGACGCCAGGAAGAAGAAGAAGCCCAAAGCCCCCAAAGGAGCCCUCAAGAAGUCCAAAGCCGACAGCUGCAGCCAAGGCGGCGCCGGCGCCGCGCUCCGUUUGCCUUCCAAGCGGGAAUCGCCUUGCAAGGGCUCGGCGGUGCCGGCGGCGGCCGCGCCGGAGCCGGAGGUGACGCCGGACUCGCAGACGGUCGAUAGCAGUUGUAAGACCCCCGAUGUCUCCUUCCUACCAGAAGAAGGAGCCACCGCCGGCAACGGGGCUUCCGUGGCCACGGAGCAGGGGCGCAGCGAUCCCGAAGCCGACAGCCGCUGCGAGGGCAAGGAGGAAGCGCCGCGGGCGAUGGCGCCGGUGCCGUGGAGCCUCCAAGGGGGGGUGGAUUGUGCCACCAGCGGCGUGUUGGCACUGACCGCGCUGCUCUUCAAGAUGGAAGAGGCCAACCUGGCCAGCAGGGCCAAGGCACAGGAGCUCAUCCAGGCCACGAACCAGAUCCUGAGCCAGACGAAGGCUCCGCCCCCUCUGGGCCCCCCCCAGGCCCCGCCCACAGCCGCCCCCCCCACAGCCCCCCCCGUGGCUCCCCCUUACUUGGGGGGGGGGCCCCCCAUACCCGGAGCCCCCCCAGCAAUGGGGGGGGUAACGGGGGGGGGGGCUGCGGUGCCCCCCAUCUAUGGGGCAGGGGCUGGAGGGGACGGGAGGAGGGACAAUGGAGAUGGGAGAGGGGACAGUGAGAAGUACCUGAAGAAGCUGCACACGCAGGAGCGGGCGGUGGAAGAGGUCAAGUUGGCCAUCAAGCCCUACUACCAAAAGAAGGACAUCACCAAGGACGAGUACAAGGACAUCCUACGCAAGGCCGUCCAUAAGAUCUGCCAUAGCCGCAGUGGGGAGAUCAACCCAGUCAAGGUCAACAACUUGGUGCGGGCCUAUGUGCAACGCUACAAGUACUUCCGACGGAGGAACCGGCGUGGGGCUGGGGCUGGG